AACUGAUUAGUGUUUUUUAUAGACGAAGGACGAACAUCACACAUCACAUGAUAGCGCGAUUGCAAUAGAAAGUAUCGCGAGUUAUCUUUCAAUUUAACCCAGUUGUUCUGUAAAUUUCUUUUUCCAACUAUUACAACGAUGAAAUGCCAUUUUUAAGAAGAUUCGUAUGUUACUAUGGCCAGUAAACCUUCUCUCUUAAAAGUUGUUCUUUUGGGUGAUGGCGGAGUUGGAAAGUCGUCGCUCAUGAAUCGAUUUGUGAGUAAUAAGUUCGACAGUCAAUCUUUUCACACAAUUGGUGUAGAAUUUCUUAACAAAGAUGUUUCAGUUGAAGGAGAAACAUACACUUUACAAAUUUGGGACACUGCUGGCCAAGAAAGGUUUAAAAGCUUGCGUACACCAUUUUAUCGUGGAUCGGACAUUUGCUUGCUUGUUUUUGCCGUAAAUGAUAGACAGAGCCUUGAAAAUCUCGCACAAUGGAAGAAGGAGUUUUUGUAUUAUGCCGACGUCAAAGAUCCGGAGAACUUCCCUUUCAUCGUGCUUGGCAAUAAGAUUGACAUCGAGGAAGAGCGGGUUGUUGAUAUGGAUGAGGCAAAGUCAUGGUGUCAAGAGUACGGUCAGUUACCCUACUUUGAAACGAGUGCGAAAGAUAAUACAAAUGUGGACUUGGCAUUUAGUUCGUCUGUAAAACGCCGUUCUGAACUCGAACAAAAUUUAGACCGUCAAAUGAAAACUUUAACUCCAGGUGGGGUGAAUCUUAACUAUCAAGAGCCAAAUAAGAAAGCAUCUCUCUGCUGUUAAAGCAUGACAAAUUAUACGUAUCACUGAGUUAUUUGAAAAUUCCUGCUUUUCUAUGCGGUGUAAGAUUUUAUAAAUCGACGCUUUAUAUGAAUGAACAAACUGUCGUUGUAUUUAAUGCAACAAAAAUACAAAAAUAACCCAUAUAUCAA